GAUCAAGUGGAAAUCCCGCAGAAGGUCCUGAGCGCCGCGGUCGGCCCCAACGGUUCGGACUUGCCAAAGGUGCGCGAGCGCUGCGGUGGCGUCAUGAUCGCGCUCAUGCCGCCUUCCGAGGGUGGCCACCUUACCGCCUUCAUUGGACCUGGGACGGCGGAGCAGGUCAAGCAAGCAAAGGAAGAACUCCUCGGCCGCGUGCAGCGUGCCGAGGCUGGAGAGGAAUCGAUGUCAAG